UCAUCCAAAACUCCUUCACUUGAACUCAAACGGUUUGGGGCCUCUUGUCAUUGCUACUCAAAUUUCACUGGACGCUCCUGAUUCCCUUGGCGAUCCCUGGCGUGUCGACUACUUCGCUUAACAGCGGCAGCCUCCCAAGCUUUCCCGUCUAGCAAAAGCUUAGCUGGCUAUAGGGCAAAUUGAAGAGAGAGAAGACCUCUUUCGCUCGGCAUCUUCCAUUUAAGAAGAUUUCCAAUCUCAGUUAAAUCACUUGUGUGGCCCACGUUGCCCUCUUUAACUUUUCAACCGCUAUGGGCCAUACUGAAGAGCGUGCAUCACCAAUCCCAGGUUCCGUGGAAGACAGCCGCGCCGAUGGAUCUUCGGGGAGCACCGUGAACCACAUCGAUCCGACAAAGGAGAAACCUGCUGAAACUGCUGAACCUGGCGCUGCGCUCCAGAACUCGGACGAGGAGAGCGAUAAGAAGAUUGACCCAGGCAAGGAGAAAGCAUCAGUAAACAAUGUGUCAUCCGUUCCUAACGGGGGGACGCGGGCUUGGUUACAGGUCCUCGGUGCACACUUUCUAUUCUUCAAUUCUUGGGGCAUCGUUAACACGUUCGGCUCCUAUGAAACUUACUACGAGAUAGAUCUUCUCUCAACCUCAUCGCCAUCUUCAAUAGCUUGGGUAGGCUCUCUUCAAGCCUUCCUGCUAUUAUUUGUCGGCGCCCUUACCGGGCCGGUCUAUGAUGCAGGGUACUCUCGUGAACUUAUCAUCGGAGGCUCCUUUUUUCUGAUAUUUGGCCAAAUGAUGUUGAGUCUCUGUAGUGAGUACUGGCAAGUCCUUCUUGCCCAGGGAUUCUGUAUUGGAAUUGGAUGCGGAUUGCUAUGCGUCCCCAGUACUGCUAUCCUCUCUCAGUAUUUUACAACGAAGCUAGCCACGGCUGUGGGAUUUACAGCCUCUGGUAGCAGCUUUGGUGGUAUCAUCUAUCCGAUCGUCUUCCACCGGCUUCAGCCAAAAAUUGGCUUUCCAUGGGCCACGCGCGUCCUCGGCUUCAUAAUGCUCUCCACGCAGCUCGUUUCUAUCGUGGUCAUGAGAGUGCGAGUUGUACCGGAUAAAAAACGUGCUAUUUUGGAUCUUGCGGCUUUUAAAGAACUGCCCUACUUUUUCUUCGUUUUUAGCGUAUUCGUCGGCUUCAUGGGACUCUAUCAGCCCUUUUUCUACGUCCAGACCUUCGCUAUCCAGAACAGCAUCACCAAUUCAAACCUUGGCUUCUAUAUCCUUGCUAUCAUGAAUAGCACCAGUGCCUUUGGCCGAAUCAUCCCUGGCAUUUUGUCUGAUAAAAUUGGACCUAUGAAUGUCAUGCUUCCCUGUGCUUUCGUAUCCUCCCUUCUAUGUUUUUGCAUCAUUCCAGUCAAGAAUGCGGCCGGCCUGAUUGUCCUAAUGGCAUUAUACGGCUUUUUCUCGGGCACAUUCGUUUCUUCGCCGACCUCAAUCGUCGUGCAUCUCUCAACGCAUAGCAGAGGUAAGAUCGGGACAAGAUUGGGCCAGUGUUUUGGUGUAGUAUCUUUUGGAUUGUUGAUUGGCACACCUGUCGGCGGUGUCGUUUACAAGCAACAUGGCUUUUCCAGUUUGUGGAUAUUAGCUGGCGUCCUGAUCGCAGCCUCGGGUGCGAUCCUUCUCACUAGCAGAAAAUUCUAUAAGGGAUUAAGUUUGAUGAUAAAGGCAUGAAGGGUUUUGAUAAAAAAAUACGAUGAUCCCGUUUCCAUUGUAGCUCUUAAGACCUGCUGAUUGUAUUAUGGUCAUCUUGACGAGCAGGGUUUCGGUACAUUUUGCUAUUAAACAUUUCUAACACCUGUGCAUAGACUUAGACUAAUGAU